AAGAUGAGUGCUGAAGAGAUCCUCAUGUAUCCAGUAGAACUCGGAAAAAAUUUCUGCCUCUAUUUUGACGACGACGAUGAGCUGGAGUGUGAUGCCCUCUGCAAGGAGAAGACUCUGCACCGAGUGCUGAGGAACGUGAACAGCCAGCUGCUCGUGGUGCGCCCAGACCUGAACGUGGCAGCCUUUGAGGACGUGACAGACCAGGAGAUGCAAUCUGGCGAAGGGAUGCAUUUCAGCAUUCACUGCUACAAAACCACCACGCCCUUAGCAGGGAUGCCCGUGGCCUUCAGCGUCCAAGUGGAAGACAAGAGUUAUUACAUGUGCUGUGAGAGGGAGUGUGGAGAAAUGAUCGUUCGAUUCAGGGAAGGAGAAGUUCCCAAAGAAAUUCCUGGUGAAAGCAACAUCAUCUUUUUCAAAAAGACGUUUACACCUUGCUCCUCCAAAGCGUUUAAGUUUGAAUACUCAAUGGAACAGGGAAUGUUCUUGGCCUUUGAGGAAGAAGGCUACCUGAGGAAAUUAAUCCUAAAGAAACAGUCGAAAGAUGAAGUGGAUGAAACCAUGAAGAUGAGUUUAUCUAAUUUCAGUCAGAAUGAAAAUCACAACUUAUGAUGUAACACU